AUGUAGUUCACAGGAAUUCCAACUGUUCACAUUGGUUUUCUUUCUUUUAGAGUUGAUCUCUCUAAUGUAUUAGAUCUUCAUGCCUUUGACAAUCUCUCUGGAAUAAGUUUGCAGAAAAAACUUCAAAAUGUGCCAGCAACACAGCCUCACCUUGAUCAGAGUAUUGUUACAAUCACAUUUGAAGUACCAGGAAAUGCAAAGGAAGAAAAUCUGAAUGUAUUUAUUCAGAAUCUCCUGUGGGAAAAGAAUGUGAGAAACAAGGACAAUCACUGCAUGGAGGUCAUACGGCUAAAGGGGCUAGUGUCAGUUAAAGACAAACCACACCAAGUGAUUGUCCAAGGUGUCCAUGAGCUCUAUGAUCUGGAAGAGACACCAGUGAGCUGGAAAGAUGACACUGAGAGAACAAAUCGAUUGGUCCUUAUUGGCAGGAAUUUAGAUAAAGAUAUCCUUAAACAACUAUUUAUAGCUACUGUGACAGAAACAGAAAAGCAGUGAACAACACAUUUCACAGAAGACUGAGUUUGUCUAUAAUUCCUGAAGCAUUUCUUAUCAAAAGGACCGGGUGAUAAAAAUGAGAAUAAGUUUCUUUCUGGAUAUAUUUCAAUCAUCUAUUUUCUGUUAUGAAUUUCAGUGUACUUUAAAAUAAUAUUUAUUUUGUAGAAUACAUAAAAUUUAGUAAAUCAGUAUUGUAAAACAUUUGACAUUCAUGUAAUAAACUAUAAUAUCCUCUGAAGUUUUUUUCUUUUUGAAGAUAAGUAUUUCAGAAAAAUAUCUUUCAGAUUGGAUUUGGAGUUUAUAUAUGCUGAACGUCUCACCUGUGGAAGUUAUUUAUAAUAAUGAUGAUAAAACGUUCUUCAACAUUAUCAGUUUCCCUUAGAACUUCAGCUGAUUACAGAAAUAUAAUGACUAUAUUUUUAUUAACAAAAUUUUUAAACAACAAAUAGCAUUUUUAUUAAAUGAAAUAAAAGGUUUGUGUGGCUAGAGACUUAAAAGUGGAAGAAAUCUGAGUCAAAUAAAUUAAUUUAAACCAUGUCUAAUUCUUAAUGCUAAGCCUUAUUGGUAGUCAGUGUAAUGAAACUUCAGGCAUUUAUUUUGUAAUAUAUUCCAGUUGUAGAGCUUUUAAUUUUAAGUAAACUUUGCUACUGGUAUUAAAUUCA